CCUCAUUCGAGAGUACCACGACGUUUUCCCAUCGUCGUUCUCGUAUGCUGGCAUCCCACCGAUGCGAGACGUCGAGCACUCCAUUCAGCUUGUGCCUGACUAUCGUGUUCACCACCAGGCACCCUACAGACUCUCGAUUCGCGAGGCCACCGAACUCAAGCGUCAGCUUGAGGAGCUCCUGAGACUGGGUUUCAUUAAACCCAGCAAAUCCUCGUGGGGUGCACCCGUCCUUUUUGCUCGCAAAGCAGAUGGAAUUCUCCAUCUCUGCAUCGACUAUCGCCUCAACCGCUACACGGUUAAGAACAACUACCCCAUGCCUCGUUCCGACGAGUUGUUCGACCGCCUAGCAGGCAACCGCCUCUUCGCGAAGAUUGAUCUUCGUAGCGGUUACCAUCAGAUCCGCGUCGCUGCAGCCGACCAGCGGAAGACCGCGUUCCGAUCGCGCUUCGGCCACUACGAGUUCACGGUGAUGCCAUUCGGCCUCACCAACGCUCUCGCUACCUUUCAGAGGGCGAUGAACGACAUCUUCAGGGACAUCCUGGAGCAGUACGUUCUUGUCUACCUCAACGAUAUCCUGGUCUACAGUCGUACCCUUGAGGAGCACCUCAGACACCUCCGCGACGUCCUUGACCGCUUGCGCAGACAUGGCUUCUAUGCCAAGCUGAGCAAGUGCCGCUUUGCCCAGCACAAAGUGGAUUUCUUAGGACACUACGUGUUUUACCAGGGUCUCCACAUGGACGACGCGAAAAUCACUGCUAUUGCAGAGUGGCCCGCUCCCACAUCCGCCAAGCAGCUUCGCAGCUUUCUAGGCCUGACCAGCUACUAUAGUAAUUUUAUCCGGGGAUAUGCUAGGUAUUCCUACGUCCUUACCUCCACCCUCCUCCGGAAGAACCCACCCUGGGCUUGGACACCCCUCCACGAGGACGCCUUCCGCGCCCUCAAGAAGGCGGUGACAUGCGCACCGAUUCUUCACCUACCCGAUUUUGAUCGCCCUUUUAUCCUUACCACUGAUGCGUCAGACUUUGCUGUAGGAGCAGUGCGUUCUCAGGUUUUCCCCUCCUUUCCUGAUUCCUCUCAUCCUCGUAUCCCUCGCUUCCCACCACCUACCCCUACCACUGCUUCCCGACUGACGCCUACUCGUCCAGCUAUUGACGAGCCUUCUAUUGACUAUUCUCCUACCAUCGCCGAGCACGGCACUGUCGAGUCUCGCUCAGGUGAUUGUCUGAUAGCCUUCUACUCUCGUCAGCUCCUGCCCGCCGAGAUAAACUACACUGCUGAUGAACGUGAGGUUCUCGCAGUAGUUUAUGCCGCUCGGCACUGGCGUCACUACCUGCACGGGGCACCGUUCAUGGUGCGCACGGACAACUCUGUUGUCCAAGCUUUUCUGAUAAAGCCGAAGCUCACUUCUCGACAGGCUCGCUGGUGGCGCGACCUAUCUGAGUUUAGUUUCACCACUGAGCACAUCAAGGGUGAGACUAAUCGGGUCGCAGAUGCCUUAUCCCGACGCCCUGACCACGACCAAGAGCAGAUCCAGCUCUCUUCCAUCUCGGUCACCACCGUCCACCACUCGGUGAUUGACGAGUUUCGCACUCAGUACCGCCAUUGCCCCGACUAUCGCGACAUCCACGCGACCCUUUGGAGUGGCAAGACUGUCCCGAACUACUCUCUCGGGGACAAUGGUCUCGUGUACUGCCACGGUUCACAGGGCAUCAGAGAGCCCCGUAUUUGCGUUCCCUCCACUGGACAUCUACGUGUCCGAGCAGUAGCAGAGUUCCAGGACCAGGCAGCCGCCGGUCAUAUGGGUUUCUACAAGACAUUGGCUCGUGUGAGCUGCCUGUACGUCUGGCCGAAGUGCAAGGACUUUGUGAAGGACUACGUCGCAGAGUGUCCCACCUGUCAGGAGACUGAUGGUCAGACCGAGAUCACGAACAGGACUCUCGGAGAUAUCCUCCGAAAGAUUGUUCGUGACGACCAGCAAUGGGAUCUCCAUCUUGCCCAUGCGGAGAUAGCCUACAACCACGCCGUCUCGCCAACCACGGGGAUGUCGCCUUACUAUUGCGACCUCGACUAUCACCCUCGUGUUCCAGCGGACUUCCUUCGACCGUCACAGAUGCACACCGACACGAGUUGUCCCGCACUGGAUGAUUGGGUUGCACAUAUGACGUCGAUCAUGAAGACCGCACAUGAGCACAUAGCCGCUUCCCAGAUUCGUAUGGCAGCACGUGCGAACCGAUCGAGGAUGGAUCAUCCAUUCGAAGUCGGUGAUGAUGUGCUUAUCUACGCCCACCACUUACAGCUCGAAGCGGACACGCUUCGCAAGUUUCGGUGUCGCUUCUUUGGCCCAUGCCGCAUCCUCCAGGUUGUCGGUUCUGAUAUGGCUUCUAGCCCGGUCAGCUUUCGUGUGAAGCUGCCCGACGACCUACGCCACGCUCGUGUGCACGAUGUCUACCACGUCUCGUUACUGCGUCCUUGCCGCAGACCGUCUGAGCGUUUUGCUGGACGACCAUACGAGCGCCCUCCACCCAUCAUGGUGGACGGUCACGAGGAGUUUCUCGUUUCAGACAUCAUUGGUCGCCGAGUCACCGACGACAACCCUCCCMACGUCGAGUAUCUCGUACGUUGGAAGGGUUACCCUGAUGAGGAGGCUACCUGGGAGCCCCUCGAGCACUUGCAGCACGCUCGCAUGUUGGUGCGUGCCUAUGACCGUGCUCGUCAUGCUGGGUUCACUGCUCCUCCUCAGCCCAUUGACCCUCCUCCUUCUUCCCCGGCUGAGGAAACCGCCGAAGUCGAGCCUGCUCCAUCUGAGGCAAACCUUCAGCAGCAGCCGGAUGCUUCUGAGCGUCCACAGCGCACUCGUCGUCGUCCUGCUCGAUAUGACGAUUGACUCUGACUUACCUUCCCACGU